UAGCCGCCGCCGAGUUACCUUGGAGCGUUUCGCUGUUUUGAAAUGUUCAUAAUCGGUUUUUGCCGAGUGUAAUUGACAUGGUGUCGAAAUACAAAUAUGACGUGGCUAAUUACCACCCCGACUCCAGUGGCACGGACAUAUCAACGAGUGCAUGCAAACAGGUAACGUUAUACAUCUGGGGGAGAACCACAAGGCAAGCUUCAAUGCAACCAGCAGCGAGCUAAGCUAGCUGUGCCUUGCUGAUGCGGAACACAAACGUUACUAAUUAGCGUGCGAGACAGAUGAUAACAGCUGUUACCGUCUCCCACAUUAACUUCUAUAAUGCAUUUUUCGAAAAAAUGUUCCGUUUUCAAAGUGAUACUGAGUGCCCUGUUCAUUGUAGCGUUAUUGCAGUUGAUCUAUCUGUCAUUCCUGUCGAGAUUCCACGGUAAACAGCAGCGCUAUAAAUACUUCGAGUUGUUUGGUGGUGGAAGCAAGAGAAAUGCCCACCAGUCCGAGAAGAACUCUAAAAAAGAACACCUCCGGUACUCUCUGUCUACUGGCGGCAUUUUCGACGCCAGCGGGCAGUACCGAGUUUAUAAAAACUUGGUAAAAAGUGACUUUUCGACCAAUCAAAAGCCUGGAUCAGGCACAAGUUCGAACACACUUGUGCUUGCUACGCACACCACCAUAAACAAUCUGCACCAUCUAGACUCCCUGUUGGAGCGUUGGAAAAAUCCCCUCUCUAUUGCCAUUUUUGCACACGGGCAAGAUGUCAAAUUCGCCACAGCGCUCGUGUACGCCCUCAGCAUCUUUUGCCCUCACAUCCAAGCACUGGUGGACUUCCACCUGGUCUGCCCGUCGGAGGAAACCGCGAGUUUCCCUGAACAGGACCGAGAGCAUUUCUCAGGCCUCGAAGACUGUGCUGGGGUAUUUGCCAAGCUAGGUUCUCACAGAGACAAGUAUAAAAACUAUGCCAUCGGAAGCAAUAUCUCCUACCCUAACAACUUACUGCGUAACGUGGCCCGCAGUGGCACAGAUGCCGCCUUCAUCCUGGUCAUCGACAUGGACAUGGUUCCCAGCGAUAGCUUGCACCAGCAGUUCCUCGACAUGGUGGCGAGGCGGAGGGCGAAUACAGAGGAAGUGUUCGUGCUGCCUGCCUUUGAGAUCCGCCACACGCGAAAGCUCCCGGCCACCAAGUCGGAGCUGGUGCAGCUGUACCAGGUGGGCGAAGUGAGGCCCUUCUACGAGGAGCUGUGCCCACGGUGCCAGGCUCCCACUAACUACUCGCGGUGGGUGAACCAGCACGAGCACGGGCCGGACCAGCUGGACGUGGCCUACACGCUGAACUGGGUCGACCCGUGGGAGCCCUUCUACAUCAGCGCGCGGUCCGUGCCACUGUACGACGAGAACUUCAGGCAGUAUGGAUUCAACCGUAUCAGCCAGGCCUGUGAGCUGCACAUAGCUGGCUACCGGUUCUCCGUGCUCAACUCGGCGUUUGUGGUGCACCGGGGCUUCAAGGUGCAGGGCGAGUUCCACAGCCGCAAGGACGAGGAGAACCGAAGGAACCGCGUGCUGUUCCGCAGCUUCAAGGAAGGCCUGAAGACCAAGUACCCGUCCUCUCCCAGACGUUGCUGACACACACACACACACACACACACACACACACACACACACACACACACACACUACUGUGAAGGCUUCCAUUAGACCCCUCUGAAACCAAAACUGUACAGAAAUUAUAUGGACAUAAUUGCUAAAAAACAAAAUACAGCAUAAAGCAUUAAUACGACAAACCACAAAUAAAACAACAACAUAUUCCCCAACGAUGUAAAGACAGUAGUAAAGACGCACAAAAUUCAAAGUGGAUUUCCCUUUCUUUUUUUUUGCCUUUUUUUAUUUUGAGUGGAUAGUUUUUCAAUCUAAGUGAGAACAUGUAAACAGGGAGAUUGGUUUUAGUUUCCAGGUCAUGUUUACAUUGAUUAACUGUUACUGAGUCAAACACUAAAUCACAAGAACACAACUUAAUUCACUUGUGUCCAGUGUGCUAGUAUGCUUAUAAGAUUUUUUUCAAAACAUAUGUUGUAUAAUUUCAUAAAUGUCUUGAAUGAUAAACACAUGUCAUGCUUGUUAAAAUUAUAAAACCAUGUAGCACUAAUAUCAAUGGUACCACCUGUUUUCACAAUGGACACAAAACAGAACUGUACUGGCCAACAUGGAGAACACUGUUUAGAGAACAUGCAGGGUGCGAGUUUGGCAAUGUAGUUUGCUGACAGUGCAUACACACUGUGGUCAGACACAGGAAGGGGCAGUCAGGCUGGAGUUAAUUAAUAAAAGAUAGAUAGACAGAUAGAUAGAUAUGUAGAUAGAUGCAUAGAUAGAUCAGAAAUGAACAUUGGUUGCAUGUGGUUGGUUUAUUCAAUUUCACUUCAGAGGUCUCGCCCAUUUCAGAGUUCAUGCCUUGACAGGCCUCUGCUUUCCGUUACCGAUAUCGCCGCCAAACUCAAGAAAUGAAAACAGGAACCACUAGGUACCAACAGUGGAUCACGAUAGAGGAUGUGUGGACUCUCAGAGAAAUCUCACAAUGCUCUGUUCAGCAUCCAUCUUUUAAUCGCAGUAUUAUGAUUGAUCCUUGAGAUAACAGUCUAGUCUAUGAACAAAUACUCCCAAAAUGGCACGAAAUGAGAUUGCACACCUGCCUGUUGAAUUGGCUUGCUGAUGUCUCGAGGAUAUGGACAGUGGAAGAUCGGUCAGACCUGUGGAAAUUUUGUUGGACUUGCACACUUGGAAGACUGGAAAUUGUUUUGUUUUUUUCAUUCAGUGACUAUUCUAUUGACAUUACAGCCCUCUUGAGGGUUGACAGUUUGCCCAUAUGUUGUGCAUUGGGUCAGGGGGUCACCCCUGACAGUGUUUCUUUGAUUGACAUGCCUUUUUGAUUGACUGAGGUUAGAUAUUUAAGUACACUACAAACUGAGCAAAUUGUGGUGAUUUUUAUCUUUUAUCUUCCUUUGUGUGUUUGCACUGAUGGUGGUGAAUGUGGUGGGAUUUUCAGAUAAGCUAAACAUUAGUUGAACUAUGUGUUGCUUUUGUGUGUUUGUUUGGAAUACACUCAUGUGUUCUGUAAGAGAUGUUUUUUUAAAAAAAAAACAGUAAAGAGCAUAUCAUGCCUCCUCCCACACAUGAUUUUUAAGUGUCUGAUUAAACUGUUGCUAUAUGAUUAGAAUACAUAGUUCUUUUGUAUUGUGAUUUUGCUAUAUUUAUUGACAAAGUUCUAUAUAUUUAGUGACAAAUCGACAUAAAACAUAAUUUUGAGGUUGCGGUAUUAAAAUCUCUUAUCAUGGCUUUUAAUGCACUGGCUCUGCUGUAUUGCACUGCAAGUAUAAACUUUCUGAGGUUUUUACGUUAGUGCUUCUGUUCGUUUGUAACCUUUGCAUCCGUUCCUGCAGCAGUGUCCUGCAUAGUUCACUUCAGUCCAUUGUUGCUCCUAAUGACACUACCAGUGCUUAAUGCAAUCAAACCCACCACAAGUUACUGCUUGCAAAAUUAUUUUGUGUUGUUUUUGUAGUUCAAGGGAAGCAGUUAUUUAUCUGUUUGUUAGUUGAUAUUUUGCCUUGGUUUGGUAUCUUAAUAAAAGUUGUUAUCAUUGA